UCAAGUCAUAGUGAGUUCAAAAUCUCCUCAUACGGUCAAACUUUGUUUUGAGAAUGAUAUUUUUUACCUGAAAAUUUUCCUCUGAUCAGACCACAUUCAAACAUGUCCGUCAUUUUUCCUGCGCCAAAUUUCCAAUGGCUUCUGGUUUGUGUUUGUGCCCUGAUUCUUGGCAUUGUGACUCCGAACAAGAGUGAGUCGGCUGAACUCAUAACGCGACCUCUCAACACUUCGGCGGUGCUGAUGCAACAUCUCAUACAAGCAAAGGUCGCUGAUUAUGCCUUGAAGCUCAAUGAUGAAUUCUACGACCAAGAUCAAGCGCUUGAGGUCAGAGCCCCCAAGAAUAAGCAGAAGUCUAAAAAUUCCGCUAUGGCUGAAAUCCAAAUGGCAACUUACGGCAUUAACGGCGGUAAUAUGAAAAAACCACGGCAACCCUCAAAAUAUGCGGGAUCAGUUCAGGAAGACAAAGAGGUGGACGCGUUGGCGGAGCAGUUGGGAAAAACUAAUUUUUCCGAGCGUACUCCGUCCCAGGGCCGUUUGAAAUGGCGCCGGUUGGCCAGUCUAAGUAGAAGGGCGGCGAGGAUUCAAACAGUCGGAAGAGCAUUGAGACGCUUGAGAAGGAGGCCUAGUGACGCCCACAGUGACACUGACACGAAUAUGUCGGAAAGUGCUCGGCACCAAGGAUACGAAUCAACUUGA